AUGGAUGCAUCUCUUUGGAAGAUUCUCGGGGGACCUUCCUUGGCAUCUAAAGGAGCAUUCCUAAAUGACGGCGGUGGGAAGAAGAAUGUGCUGUUGGUUAUUGCCCAUCCAGAUGAUGAGUCUAUGUUCUUUGCUCCUGAUAUUGGUUAUUUGAUCUCACAGGGUCAUAAUCUGCAUGUACUCUGCAUUUCAACAGGCAAUGCAAAUGGAUUGGGAGAUACCAGGAAAGAAGAGCUUUAUCUUGCAUCUGCAGUCCUCAAGAUUUCGACCCAGCAAGCGAAGGUUCUGGAUCAUCCAGGUUUACAGAUCAUUAAUUUUGACGAUUUUGGUGUCUCGGGACAUUGCAAUCACCGGGAUGUACAUCGAGGGGUGAGGGAGCUAUUGCACAAAGUUUCUGAUAGGCAUCUCGAAGCAUGGGCGCUUGCAAGCAACAAAAUAUUACGCAAGUACAUUGGACCUGUUGACAUUUGGUUAUCGAUACUUUUUGCAAAGAUUUAGAUCCCGGUAAAAGCUAUGCUGCUAUGGCUCAGCAUUCUAGCCAAUGGGUUUGGUAUCGGAAACUAUUUGUGACAUUUUCAAGCUGUGAACACACUUAAGAAAAUCAAGUAGGGUACAUCUGAUUCGUAACU